AUAUAACAAAUAAACUCAUCAAAAACUUUAUUAUUUUCAUACCAUCAUUUAUUUAUUUUUUUUUUUCAAGUUACUACUAUAUGAUGGCUGCUUUUUCUUCAUACCAAUAUCACCCUAAUUUUCUUCCUCUUGACUCUACAUUCUUCCAAAACCUAAACACAACAACAACAACUAGUGUUCCUAUUCCCCAAUCAAUUCUUCAUCAUCAUCAAGAAGAAGGGUUCUCUGAUUUCAAUAAUAAUACUAUAAGCUGUGUUGAUCAAAUAAGCUCUUGCAACAAGGUUUCAUUCAUAAGUAAUAGUGACAAUGAGCCUUCAAAUGUUUCUGUCACUACAAGAAACAACCUUAGUCCUCAAUCUUCCAUGGUAGUUGAUAAGCUUGAAAUUGGUGAACAAGUUACUCAAAAGGUCACUACUAUGGAGAGGAAGAGAAGAACUAGACAUGGAUCUUCUCCCAUCACUACUAAUCCCCAAUCUAAGGAUGGAACAACAAGGAAGAGAAUGAGGAAGAGCAAUAAUAAUAAUGGCGGUGGUGUGGUGAAGAAUAAAGAAGAUGAGAAAGCAAAAGAUAAUAAUAAUAAUAAUAAUAAUAAUAAUUUACUAUAA